CAUUCGGUUGAAUUCCCAUUGCCCCUAAAAAUCUGUUUAAAUCAGGAAUUCGCAAUCGCAAAAAAACACGGAUCUUGUCUCCUCGGGCUGCUUAAUUGCGUGUGAUAAAAGAUUUAUAGAGCCGAGAGCCCAAGUAGCUUUAUCAAAUACUCGGUCGCUACUUUAUCGUCAUGAACGACGAUAUAAAAACUGUGACGGUUUACCCAACAACAUUGGAAUUAACGACCCCAACAAAACCGGCGAAUGGCAGUAACGAUGAUUAUGAUCCUCAUCAGCACCGCGAGGUGAAGAAUCCCACGACUAACUGGCAGACUUUUGCCCAUUUCCUGAAGGCCUCUGUGGGCACUGGGGUUUUGGCCAUGCCCAGUGCUUUUGCCCAUGCGGGUUAUAUAAAUGGCACCAUUCUCACACUGAUCAUUGGAUCCCUGGCCCUCUAUUGCCUGCAUAUUUUGAUCAAAUGCAUGUACAUUUUGUGCAAACGACAACGAGUUCCCUAUGUCAGCUUCUCACAGGCCAUGAAUCUGGGCCUCAAACAAGGUCCACCCUGGCUGCGUUGCUUAGCCCCCAUUUCCGUACCCUUUGUUGAUGGCUUCCUGGCCUUUUAUCACUUUGGUAUCUGCUGCGUCUAUGUGGUUUUCAUAGCUGAGAGCAUAAAGCAGUUGGUGGAUGAGUAUCUUGUGGUGUGGGAUGUCCGAAUACACAUGUGCAUAAUAAUAGUGCCACUUUUGCUGAUUUACAGCAUCAAGAAUUUAAAAUUACUGGCACCUUUUUCCAGUGCAGCAAAUCUUCUGCUGCUAGUGGGUUUUGGCAUUAUUUUGUAUUAUAUAUUUGAGGAGCUGCCUCCUUUAAGUGAAAGAGAACCCUUUGUGGCCGCCUCAAAGUUGCCUACUUUCUUUGGCACGGUCCUAUUUGCAUUGGAAGCUGUUGGUGUGAUUUUAGCCAUAGAGGAAAAUAUGGCCACGCCCAGGUCCUUCGUAGGCCCCUGUGGCAUUUUGAAUGGUGGCAUGUCCAUAGUUCUGGGUUUAUAUGUACUUCUUGGAUUUUUUGGUUACUGGAAAUAUGGCGACGAGAGUCAGGGCAGUAUUACACUUAAUAUUCCACAGUCUGAAAUACCCGCUCAGGUGGUAAAGGUAUUCUUUGCAAUCACCACCUGGAUUUCUUAUGCCCUGCAAGGCUAUGUAACUGCCCAUAUUCUGUGGGAUAAAUACUUGGCCAAGCGCUUUAAGGAAAGCAGACAGUCGAUAUAUGAACUGAUCUUCAGGGCUAUUAUUGUGCUGCUCACUUUUGGCUGUGCUGUUGCCAUUCCUGAUCUAUCGGUCUUCCUCUCCUUGGUGGGAUCCUUUUGCCUGUCGAUCCUGGGCCUAAUCUUUCCCGCCUUACUUCAGAUCUGUGUCCAAUAUACCGAGGGCUAUGGACCGUUCCGGAUAAAGUUAAUCAUCAAUCUGUUGCUCUUGAGCUUUGGAGUUUUUGGCGGAGUUGUGGGCACCUAUGUGAGCAUUGUGGAUAUCAUUGCGGUUUACAAAUAAACUUCGAAUUUCAGUUG